AUGUUUCUGCCAAAACCGCAGAGGCAAUGCGAAUGCCAUCUCAAUGACCCUCCACCUUGGACAGGCGAGAUUCAUGGCCUAAGUCAGGCGUUGCUGAGUGGAACGAUCGCGAUGAAAGCAUUUUGGUGGAUCGUUAUUAUAGUUUGUCUGUCAUUUGGGCUCACAACAACCACAUUAAUCAUUUUGGAAUAUAUUCAGGGUCCAACGGCGACUUCAACCACUAUUAGAUUGGUUGACUCUUUGGAAUUUCCGGCCAUCACAAUUUUUCCCAAAAUUCCCGAUUCGUUCGACAUUGCGGGAUUACAAGGCGACAUUAAUGAAAGUAUCCCGAAUAUUUCACCAGAUGUUAGAGACGAUUUAGUACAGUUUUUCAUUGCUGGCAGCGGUUUGGAGAACAUGAAUAAUGUUGCGGGAUUCAAUAGGACAUACUUAAGCCAUUUGAAUAAUUUAUAUAAAAUAUGGUCAGCGGGGUAUACAACAUUGGAAUUUUUUGAUUUAAUACAACAAAAAUACGGGUAUAAGUGUGAAGAAUUGUUCUACGAGUGUCAGCUGGCCGGUAGAAUACUCGACUGUUGCAAUGAUUUAAUGGUGCGGAAGGUUGUUAUGAGGCGCGGAAUAUGUUACCAAACAAGAAGGGACGUUAAUCAGUCAGAAGCUGAUGACAUUGGAAGAAUUGUAUUCAAUAUGAAAGCACCUUCAAGCUAUACGAGUAAGGAUACAAAUUUUACUCAGUCUCAAUUAAUUGCAUAUAUCACCGAUAACCACGAUGUGGUCACAGAAUUCCCACGAUUUUAUAUUUAUCCGAACGAAUGGAAUCGAAUGCGAUUUACUGCGCGUUAUAUCGCCCUUAUCCAGAACAAGGAUGUUUGUACGAAUGCGAUAUUCGGGCGAGACGCAGAAUGCAUGGUGCGAAAAUGGUACCUAUCCAACAUUAUUAUACCAUUCAAUUGCACAUUGCCUUAUUUGAACUCAAUAAGCAAAAUUCCGCCAACUCAAGGUGUGUGCAGGCCAGACGUAAUCGCCGACGAUUAUCUGGAGAAAAUUCAAUACGUUUGGACAAGUGCGGAAGUCAAGGAAACGUGCACACCCGGCUGCCAACGUUGGGAUUAUCAAACGACGGUUCAACAAAGCCAAACACUAACCCCUUUCGAAGAUUAUACAUUCAAUCUGGAGGCAUCAUAUAGCGAUCUCCAGUAUGAGUAUGUGAAAGAGGUUUACACAACAUCGGUUCCAGGGUUUAUGUCACAAAUUGGUGGCCAAUUCGGAUUCUUUCUCGGUUUAUCUAUCAUCACUCUCAUUCAAAUGAUCAUCUACGGUGCUCACACAAUGUUCAUUCAACUAAAGGAAAAACUUCGCAAACUUUUCCCCUACGCCAAGGUCUACCCAGCCCAAAACCAAGUGAUCUUCGCAACAAUGUAUCCUUCGGAAAAGGAAGUUGGUGAAGUAACAGCAAUUAGUCGCCAUGUUCGUCACACCAAUCCGCCAUCGCCAACAUCGACUGUUAUCGAUUCGGUGGACAUUCCACCAAAUUGGGGAGUGCGCAACAUCGGAUGCCAACGCGAAAAUCCGCUAUUUAAAUCUGCAUGA